AUGGCCACGUAUGAUGGAGCGGGGAACCCACGGGAGCACAUCCUAAACUACAAAACAUUUAUAGAGCUCCAAACCCUGUCAGAUGCUCUGAUGUGCAAGGCCUUCCCCACAACCCUCACAGGACUUGCAAGAGCCUGGUUCAACAACUUGGAGGCGGGGAGCAUUAAAAGCUUUAGAGACCUCGCCAACAUAUUCAUCAAUCGGUUCAUAGCAGGGGUCCCGGCUGAGAGGAAGACUAGUUACUUGGAGAUAGGGCGGCAAAGGAAGAAUGAAUCACUAAGGGAGUAUGUGGCCCGUUUCAACACGGAGGCUUUGCAGAUCCCUGAGUUAGAUGAAAACCGAGCGGUGGAAGCCAUGCAAAAGGGGACCACAUCCCCUGAGUUUUUUGGAUCGUUGUACAGAAAGCCCCCAACCACCCUAGCAGAACUGAUGAAGAGAGCCAAGAAGUAUAUAAUGCAGGAUGACGCCUUAACAACCAGCAGGUUUGCCAGGGAGGCUGGGGAUAGGGGGAAGGCAAUACAAGAAAGAAGGACGGAGAGACCAGAGAGGCGACAGAAUAAGGGGCCUGAGGUGUAUAGGAGCCCUGGGACAUAA